AUGACGUUUAACUUCGGCCAGUGACAGCCCCAGGUACACACGUUUGCAGUAUUUUGUAAAUUAUACAAAAAAUACUCUCGUAACUUUCCAAUUAGAUUUAGAAUGAAAUAGUAUAAUUAAACAAUAACAAUGGUAGAUGAAGGUACUAGGAAAACUUUAAGCAGCAUACCUUUGCUUCAAACUAAAGCUGGCCCCAGAGACAAGGAAUUAUGGACUACUAGGCUGAAAGAGGAAUAUCAGGCUUUAAUCAAGUAUGUCCAAAAUAACAAGGCAGCUGACAAUGACUGGUUCAGGUUGGAAUCUGAUAAAACUGGUACGAAAUGGUUUGGCAAGUGCUGGUACGUUCACAACCUGCUGAAGUAUGAGUUCGAUUUAGAGUUUGACAUUCCAAUAACAUAUCCAACGACAGCUCCGGAGUUGGCUCUACCUGGUUUAGAUGGCAAAACAGCUAAAAUGUACCGAGGAGGCAAGAUAUGCUUGACGGACCAUUUCAAGCCGCUGUGGGCACGGAAUGUGCCCAGGUUCGGGAUAGCACAUGCCAUGGCUUUGGGGCUUGGACCCUGGUUAGCCGUCGAAAUACCUGAACUGAUUGAAAAGGGAGUCGUGACAUACCAAGAGAAAUCGGAAGAAGCGAAAUAACAGAACAACAUAUAUAAUAUAAUACAUUGUACAUACAUUUAUUACUAUGAUGCAGAAAUAUAUAUUAUGUUUUUAUAUAA